CACUGUCCCACUUAUUCACAAUAUCUAAUUAUUUAUCUCCAACAUUCGGACACUUAGAGUUCGGUUUUAUUGUCCGACGAGUUUGACAAUAAAACCAAAAUACUCAGAUACCCGCUACACUUAGUUGCCAUCCAGGUUAAAUUGCAGUAAAACCAAAUCGGGUAAUCAGCCUUCUAGGUCGUGCGCAUGGCGUAUUUUCGCCUUAGGGCUUUCUGACUGAUAUAUCAUCUUUCUAAACACGUUCGUAGCGGGGGCAUACAAAAACACCGCUAUACCCAAUUCCCUAAAACAAGCCCUAUUCUAACAACAAUGCUCAGAUCCACCUUAUCCCCAUUGAGACCAGCCCUUACUGGUAUGUUCCAGAGAAACGCUAGCUCUGUUGCCACCAUGACCCUCAUUGGCAGAAUCACCCAGCCACAAACUGCCACCACCCAAGCCGGCAAAGAAUUCCUUAGUUACUCUGUCGCAGUGCAGCCAAAGAGGGAUGGUCCAACCUCUUGGUUUGAAGUCGGUGUUUUCAGCGAAAACCAGAUCAAGUUCAUCAACGACUACGUCAACAAGGGCUCUCUUGUUCAGGUUACCUGUGACGCCUCCAGAUCGGUUUACGAGAGAGAAGACGGCUCUAAGGCGUCUAGUUUGCGGUUGUUUCAGAAGGAAAUCAACGUUCUUGUGUUUAAGAACGUGGAAGAGGCUUCUGAGGAACAAUAAACGCGAAAAUCCAGUUUAUAAUGUUGUAUAGUAGUUUUAAUACCUUUCUGAACAAGUUUGGGACUUGUAUCCCCCUUAACACAUAAUGCUAUUAAGUUUUUAUAUAAUAUUUUGGUGGAUACCCCUCAACUGUUAAAACCUCUAUUCAAAUUUUGAGCCUGCC